GCUGACACAGCAUUCAUGAAAGUUUGGUGCAGAAAACUAUAACAAAAAAAAGUCCAAAUCCCCUUAGUUAGAAAAAGUGUCUUUUGGAUCCGUUUGGGAUCGAAAUAUUAACCAUCUUUCCCUCGAUGAAAGUGGAUUUUUUUUAUCUAUAAAAAAACCCAAUAUUUUGAUCUUAUUUUCUCUUGAUGAGGUUGAGAAAUAGAUGGUUUGAUUCUCCUUUUUGUUCUUAGCAUUUUCCUGAAGUUGUAAACAUUCCUUUUUCUGUUUUGUCAUUGAGAAAAGAUAUCCUCUGAGUUGUAUAGAUUUUGAAGCUUUUGUUUUUCAGACUUUGGAUCAUAUUAUUUUCAAAGAUCAUUUCUUUUUUUUAUUAUUGUAUAAGCUUUCCUUGUUUUCCUUGCUUUCCAGGCUUUUGUUGUCAGAUUUUUAUCUUUCGUUCAAGUUAUUCGGAAGUUAUAAAGAGAAAAGAGCAGAUUAACCCAAUAUCAUGGAUGCAAUUUUCAUGUCAUCUUCAGGUAAGAAAUCAUUUUCUCCAUACAAGCAACUCAAGAAUAUUCCGAAGAGAAAUUCGGGAGCUCAUGUCGUUUCAAAAGCAAGUGAAAACCUAGCUCCUACGAACAUCAUCCAUGAAGGAGGGCUGCUGCUUGCUCCUCCACGAUCUCUCUCCUUCUCUUUUCCUCCUUCAGCUUCUCUUCUCAAUCCAUUAUUCUAUCAAAAUCAUCACCAGCUGCAGCAACAGCAGCCACCUCUCCUUCCUCUUCCAACCCCUAACAAACCUCUCCACAGCUCUCUCCCUUCUCGAACCCGGAGCCUUUCUUCCUCUCCGUCUAACAGAAAAAACAACAGGAACAGAGGCCAAUCUCUCACACCAAAGAGAUCAAAAUCAAAGCAACUCACUGGCAAAGUAGAGGAGCCAAAGAAAGAUUCGAAGCCAGCAGAUCAGGCGACGAAAACACAAGCCAUAAGUAAGUCAUUAGUCAUGGCGUCAGCUAACAACCCGAUAGGACCAGACCCGAAUGAUCUCCCUAAGGUCUUAGCUUCAUCGUACCUAGCAACAGGAAACGUUGCAAAAGACUUGGAGAAGUUUUCAGGUUCUGUCUUUACCCUCUCCCCACCACCUAGCAGCCUGCCUUUGCCUAAGUUUUCGCUUAGACCAAAGCUUAGUUGCAACGCUGAAGCUGCUGGAGUCGAUGCUGGAGCCACUGAUAAUCUCCGACGGCUCCUACGUCUCCGUUGAACGACGAAAGUUUUUAUUGUCGUUCCGGUUCUGGUGCUGUGUGAAGGGUCUUUUCUGUAAAUAAACGCCUUGCAAGAAGGGUAUGCUUUCCUUCAUCAGGCAGUAACUUUUAUUUUUCCUUUUUCUCGUUCUUCUCCUUAAUUUUCUUCUGCCAUGGGAAAAUAUUGUGAUCACCUCCUGUUUUUUUUUUUUAAUUUGAGGUGCACAAGAGGAAGAAAAAGAAGGAAGGGUCGUUUCUCUAAGGCUUUGGGUUAAGAGAUUGUUGAACUUUUUUCUUUGUUUUUGUAAUUUAGAUCCGUAUGCAUGAAUAUUGUGAUCACCACCUUGUUUUUGAAUAGGGGUGAACAUACGUUACGUGUAAGGCUGUGCCACACUCUUUGUUUUAGUUUGAUAAUCGUAAGGGUGUUCUGGAACAGAAGAUUGCCAGGGAA